AUGGAUUAUUAUAGAGUACUGAGUAAUUUAAUUGAAAAUGCCACAAGCGAAAGAUUGGAACGCCCUGAUGUGAAUGCAAUGCGCGAAGUGUCUGAAGUUGUUCGCUCUCGUCCUGACAUGCCUAAAGAAGCCAUUAAGCAGAUUCAUAAUAGACUCAUGAAAAGAGACAAAACAGUUGUUAUGUUGUGCUUGGAGUUGUUAGAAUAUCUUUCUUACAGUUGCGAUAUUACUCUUUAUAAUUAAAUUGCAACCAAGGAAUUCAUGUAACGUAUGGGUACACUUCUUAAAUCUCAUGAUUUAGAUGACUUAGUAAAAAAGAGAUUAUGUUGUUUGAUUAAAUGUUGGAGAGAAAUCUUCCAUAAGGAUUUAUAAGUCUUAUUCUUUUAAUUCUAUGAAGGCUGUAUACAAAAAGGUUUUGAAAUUCCUGGCAAUUAUGUUUCUCCUUAUUAGAAUUUAAAGGGAAGCAGUGGCGGUAGUAGCAGUGUUAGCACUUUCUAAAACAAACCUCCUAGCAGCUAAAACAAUCCAAUUGGUUCUACAUCAAGCAAUGCUACUUAAAACAGAACUAACUCAAACUAAAAUUAUUCUGGCCCAAAACUUAAGUUGAAAAACGAUCUUGAGACCAUAAAGCAAAACAUCACUUUGGUUAAUGAAAUGAUUGACAAUUAAGAUCCUAAAGGAAAUGUUGAUCAAAAUGGAGCUCUUAACGAUUUAAUUACAGUUUUAAAAACUUCUGAAAAGAAUAUGUAGGGUCUUAUAGAAUAGUUAGCAACAGAAAAUGAUGAAUAAUUGUUAGAAUUAUCUCUCUAACUCAAUGAUGAUAUAUAAUCAACUCUUGAGAGACAUCAAGCUUUAAAAAGACAUCAAAAGCCCAAACCAUUUAGAGGUAAAGCAGUAGAAGAAGAAGUGAUGAAUCAAAUUUAAUAGCUUGAAAUUACUAGUAAGUAAUAAGCUCCCUCUGCUAGCAUUUUUGCAGAUACCGCUCAAGCCUUAAGCACAUCACUUGCUAAAGCUUAAAAUAGAAUCCCUCCUCCUUAAAACUUCUAACCUCCUCAAAAUUUCUAACCUCCUGCUUAACAAGUUCCUGUUCAACCACCUGUCUAGUAACCUCCUAAAACUAACAUGAUUAAUUUAUUAGACGAUGAUGAUGAUCAACCUCCUAUUUCUAUCCCUCCAAAGGUCGUUUAACCUCCUAACUAAAAUACUGGAAAUUUAGUUGAUAUUUUUGAUGGAUCUUCAAAUAACAAUAAUUUCUAACCUCCUGUAAACAACGGAUUCUAGCCUCCAGUUAAUAACAACUUCUAGCCUCCCGUUAAUAACAAUUUCUAGCCUCCUGUUAAUAACAAUUUCUAACCUCCUGUUAAUAACAACUUCUAGCCUCCAGUAAAUAAUAAUAAUAACUUUUAGCCUCCUGUUAACAAUUUCAAUAAUCCUCCUGUCAACAAUGUAGGUACUACCUCAAUCAGUGAUUUAUACAAUAAAUAGUCAAAUAAUGCUCAAGUAAACCCUGCAAAUAAAUAUUCAGCAUUCAAUACUGUAGGAUAAAAUAUGGGUGGUGCAAUGGGUUACAAUAACAUGAACUAAUAUAACACAAAUCCCAAUCCUUACGGUGCUAUGGGAGCAAAUAAUUAAUUUGCAACCAAUAUAAAUAAUAAUCCUAUGGGAAUGGGAGGUAUGGCUCCUACAGGCGGAAUGAAUAUGGGAAUGAAUAAUGGAAUGGGUAUGAACACUGGCAUGGGUAUGAAUACUGGUGCAGGUCUCUAUAAUAAUAAUCCUCUAGGUGGUGCUGGAGGAUUUAACACAAAUCCAAAUAUGGGGGGAUAUGGUGGUGCAGGUAUGAGUACUGGACCAAGUACUGGAUUUGGAAUGAAUAAUAAUAUGAAUAUGGGUGGCGGUUUCGGAGGUGCACCCAACAACAAUUUUAAUCCUAAUUCAGGUGGAUUCGGAAAUUAAAACGUUGCUAAGAAAGAUGCUUUUGAUGAUCUAGAUGACAUGCUUGGCAUCUAAAGUAAUAAAUUUUUUUUUCAAAAUAAUAGUUUUUAAAUAAUAUUUAUUUAUAUCUAAAGGUAAUAAUAACGCUAACAAUAAGCCAGUUUAGUAAAAUAAUAUUGCUAAAUAGCCUGA